GGAGCGAGAAGAGAAUUAAACAGAGUAUCGAAAUGACGACAAGGCUGGAUUUUCUCCAACACAAUUUCUCAGAAUUUUCUCUGGCUUGGUCGUUCACACAAAAAUUCUUCAUAUUGCUGGUUUUUGUCCCCGCUGUUAUUUUUUCAGCUGAAGAUGUAGAGAGCAAGAUCAGGUGCACGGUGUCACCUGUGCUGCCUCUCAAUGAUGCUGAACUUACAUGCCACUUUCCCGAGGACCUCAGUAUAACAAAGAAAGUCUUCACGGUCUAUCAUUAUGCUCAACAUGGCAGUCCAGAUGCUGUUAUUGACUGCUGGUGGAUAAAAGGCAAACUCGACUGCUAUUCUCAACAUGGUGUGGAGUACAAUAAAACUGUUGGCAAGGACCUGACAAUAACAUUAAAACAAGUGACUUCAGCCCACACCGGCAAAUAUGCUUGUCAGGUGUCCGGCUACGAGUCCAACUCUUUGGAAAUUUGCGAGUUGCAUUUAAAACUCGGGACCGAGAACACCUGCAGAAUUACCUUUGACAAGUCUGAGAAUCAAGCGAGGCUCGACUGCUUUUUUAACGAAAACAUCGCAGAGACAAGAAAGAGUUUUGCUGUAUAUAGAACCUACGGUCAAGUCAAACAAGCAGUUCUGGCCGAAUGUUUGUGGGAGAACAACCAUCCAAAAUGUCAGGUUGCCAGUGGUUACCAGAUACAAGAUGGAGUGUCCUCCUAUCUUACUCUGUGGAUACAGGAAGUGACGAAAGAGAAGGAAGGCAAUUAUUAUUGCUUGCCUGCAGGCUCCUUAAUUACACAACAGACCACUUGCUUCUUGCCUGUGUCUGAAGAAUCGGAAGGAAACUCCCAAAAUGCAGAUGAAGUAGACGACAAUUUGGUGAUUGGCCUUUUACUGGGUCUCCUGCUUUUGGCUGUGACUGUGGCGGUUGGCAUCUUUUUACUGAGAUUUAAAAAAAGAACUGCUAAUCAUCCAACAGAGACAGACGGUGAAAGUCAAAAGAUAUUAAACGUGGAAGAAAACACAAAGAUGUUUGAGGAGCAUCUAAAGAGCACAGUUCAAAGGAUGUAUCCUAACAUGCUUAAGUCCUUCUACUUUGUUCCUCCCCUAUACUUCAACAAAUGUCGAUACAAACCCCGGUGUGUGGCUGACCAAGUCAUCUACGUACCUCACAGUGCUGACCUCAGUGACGUCAGUCAUGACCAGGCCAUGCAGCAGGUCCUGCAGUGUCUCCAUCACAUGGCUAAGCAGGAGAAGGAACAAAUGUUUGUCCUGACACAGUUCCAGUAUGAAGACUACUUGAACACCCCGGGUGUUGACUUUGAGCGGCAUUGCCUCCCUUUACCUUCUAGUUUUGUAGACGAUGACAAGAGUGUCGCCUGCUUCGACUUGCUCGUCGUUCAUCAAACUCGUGGAAUAUUAGUUGGAGUGGUCAAGGCAGUCAGUGACGAGGACCAAGAUGUACAGCAAACGACGGAUGUAGUGGACAAUAAACUGCGACUCGUAGAUGAUUUCAUAGAAUCACAAGUUGUUGAAGCUGUAAAGCAACUGAAGAAGGCUGUUCGUAUGAUAAAUCAUCUUAUGUCAGAUCACAAGCCGUUUCCAGGAAUUGGCCAGACUUUAAUGUUACCGAGACUGACAAGACAAGCAUUGCAGCGAGCUGUUGUGGGCAACACAGAAAUGGUUGAGAACUUGAGGGAUUGCCUAAAAGCAACAGCUGUCGAAGAUCCCACUGAUUUCUGUCUGUGUGCUGAAGACCUGUCGGAUACGACCGGAUAUAAUGUGAUUAAUAGUAUACAGCAAAGCUGGAAGUGGCUGGUUGAUCGUCAAGAGAAAGGCAAUAUGACAGCCACCUUGUAUCUCAGCAUGAUAGCCAGAUUUUUUGGACCUGCCACACAGUCCACUCUGAUGGUUCCAGAUGACUGUGAACACUUCGUGUUGCCAAAGACUCUGGCCGAAGUUGUGUCCUUAACAGGAGACUUGUACGAACGUCUGAUGUUAACUCAGGACAUGGUUGAGCUGCUUGAAGAACCGAUAUUAUUUCUUGGGGGACCACCAAACUCCGGCAAAACAAGAAUGAUGACUCUUGUAGGAAACAGAUGGCUGUCUGAGGGUCAUGAUGUAUUUAUUGUCAACGACUCUUCUUCUAAAAGCUAUCCCUUACUUUCACAUCAGUUGAAAACAUUGACAGCAAGGCACGAAACUGAUUUGAGUGAUAAUUCAACACGUGGCUGCAUUUAUGACCAUGAAUGUGAUUUCACAUCGGAUAUGUCUCUCAAAACAUCCAUCGACAAGAUGAUCACAAAAGCAGAGGGAAAGGAUCUCUGUGUCCUGGUUGAUGGGGGACAUCUUCACGGAGAAAAGGUAAAGAAAAUGUGGGAAAUCAUUUCAAGUCGAGCUUCAAGUCUAAGAAUGUGGGUGAGCUGCAGUCCUGAGGGUAUGUCCUCAGUGUCAGUCCCACACAAGCUCCUUGACAGCCACCUGCAUUGUCCACCCUCUAUUAUCAGAAGAAUGGCAGAAGAAUCCCAUGGACGUGCAAAGACACAAGAUACAAGUCACUGCCCAGCACCUACAGACGGUCCGGCAGUUCUCGAUAUCUUUCACGAGUAUUCAUUAUUAAAUCCCUGGGGACAUGACUGUGUUGAGUGUGGGCUGGAGGUGGGCAGCUUUCUGACCAAACACCUUCUCGUCUCUGAGUCCAAUUAUGCCACAACGAAAUUACAGAAAAAUAAUUCUGAAAAUGACACGGAUAUUACAGAUUCAGCAAUGUGGGAAACAAAAGGAUUGUAUCUGCACUUCAAUGACAUUCUCAUUAUAUUUGAAGAUUCUGGUAACAGUAAAGACUACGGUUUCUUAACAGGACUGAGAAACUCAGGUGUCAGAGUGCAGACUGUGACAGAUGAAAGUGAUAUUGAUGUUGAACACAAUGACUGUGCGUGGGCGAUGGACAUCGAUCACUUGCUGAAGUACAGAAUAAACAGAACAAUUCUUGUUUAUGUGGAAAGUUCUGAAUGUCAAAAUGUAGAAAACAAGGUAUUAGCUUUCAGUCACUGUACAUCUCAGCUGAUUGUGGUGAAUCGAAAACCGAAAUAAAUGAAUCGUCCUUCUUUGCUA